UUUUCUACAAAUUCUUUACAUAAGAGGAAGAUGUUUCUCUUGUCUAUGAUUUACAUUGCAAAUAUUUCCCCCAGGUGGUCAUCUUUUGAUCUUACUGGUAUUUCUGACCUUUUCUCUUUUUUUUUUUUUUUUUUGAAGAAGGUGUUUUGUUUGUUGUCGGAUGACUUUUGUUUUAAUAUUUAUGCAGUUACAUGUGUCCAACUUUUCUUUGAUGGUCUCUGGAAUUAUGAGCCACAGUUAGGGAAGCUUGCCCCUCUGGAAAGGUUAGUUAUAAAAGAAUUUGCCUGUGUUUUCCUGUCAUAAAAAGCCAACUUGUUCACGAGAAGGGGAAAGAUCAGGGAAAACCUGGGCUCCACAGCAUGGUGUUUUGACAGACGGUGACCCUAACAUUGCUCACCCGGCAUUUUUCUCCACGGCGCCCCCUGCAGGCUGAUCUGGGAGGAGGCGGCUUCGGCACAGGGCAGACAUCAUCAUGGCCCUCCUGGUACACCUGCUGGUCUGCACCUUCGGGAUGGGCUCCUGGGUGGCCAUCAACGGGCUGUGGGUAGAGCUGCCCCUGCUGGUGACGGAGCUGCCCGAGGGGUGGCACCUUCCCUCCUACCUCACGGUGGUCAUCCAGCUGGCCAACAUCGGCCCCCUCCUGGUCACCCUGCUCCAUCACUUCCGGCCCGGAUGCCUUUCCGAAGUGCCCAUUAUCUUCACCGUGCUGGCUGUGGGCACCCUGGCCUGCACCCUCUUCGCCUUCCUCUGGAAUGUCACCUCCUGGGUGCUGGACGGCCACCACAGCAUCGCCUUUAUGGUCCUCACCUUCUUCCUGGCCCUGGUGGACUGCACCUCUUCGGUCACCUUCCUGCCUUUCAUGAGCGGGCUGCCCGCACGCUACCUGACCACCUUCUUUGUGGGUGAAGGACUCAGCGGCCUCCUGCCUGCCCUGGUGGCUCUUGCCCAGGGCUCGGGUCUCACCACCUGUGUCAAUGUCACUCAGCCAUCAGACACCACCCCAACGACUGAAACCACCGGGAAGACUGUCUUCCUACAGGGAGCUAACAGCACUUUGGUGUCUGACCUGACUGGGAUGACACGUUCCGCCGUCCAUCUGGAAAGCCGCUACCUCCCAGCCAACUUCUCGCCCUUGGUCUUCUUCCUCCUGCUCUCCUUCAUGAUGGCCUGCUGCCUGGUUGCUUUCUUUCUCCUCCAGCGUCAGCCCAGACCCAGGGAAUCUUCCAUAGAAGACCUCCUCACCUCCCAGAUCACCCUCCACUCCAUCCGGCCACGGGAAGGGGAGGACCUGGGCCCCCCAGACCCAGGAGCUAGCAGCAAGGCCCAAGGGCAUCCAGAGGAGAAAACGGCCUCCGACCACCCAGCCCACCUGGCCUUCAUCUACAUCCUGGUGGCUUUCGUGAAUGCGCUCACCAACGGUGUGCUGCCCUCCGUGCAGACCUAUUCCUGCCUCUCCUACGGGCCUAUUGCCUACCACCUGUCCGCCACCCUCAGCUCCAUGGCCAACCCUCUCGCCUGCUUCCUCUCCAUGUUUCUGCCGCACAGGUCUCUGCCAGUUCUGGGGGUCCUCACAGUGCUCGGGACUGGCUUUGGGGCCUACAACAUGGCCAUGGCCGUGAUGAGCCCUUGCCCCGUCAUGCAGGGCCACUGGGCUGGAGAAGUCCUCAUUGUGGCCUCGUGGGUGCUGUUCAUUGGCUGUCUGAGCUACGUCAAGGUGAUGCUGGGCGUGAUCCUGCGCGACCGCAGCCGCAGCGCCCUCCUGUGGUGCGGCGCGGCGGUGCAGCUGGGCUCCCUCCUCGGAGCUCUGCUCAUGUUCCCGCUGGUCAACGUGCUGAGGCUCUUCUCAUCGGCCGACUUCUGCAGCCUGCAGUGCUCCGCCUAGGACACCUGGAGCGGUCCAGGACAGGGCCCU